AGGCACGUGACGCGUUCCUUGGCAAAUGGAGACUGGAGUAGCCUUCCGUUGAGCAUGGCAAUUGAGAUACUAUUCCGUUUUACCUUAUUUGUCAAAAAGUGCUAAACCCAAGGUUGGUUUGGUCAAGACCAUUGAGACCAAAUUGGGACAUUAAAUCGUCCCACGAGAUUCAGACGACGAAUAAUGGCGCACUGGUUUCACCGUAAUGUGUUAAAAGCAACAUCGAAUCAGAAGUUUGAGUUAAAAGUCUCCAAUCCUACGGACGCCACUAGAAAGCUUUGCAGUGACUUAAAGCUGUCAAGAGCCAGACUGUUGGAUCUAAUAAAAAAUGCAAACAAUACCAGUGACACAAUAGAGCCUGCGUUUCUUAGUUAUCUGAGUUUGUUGUAUGGAUUUUUAUGGGAAGUCAAUCCAUCCGAGGAAGAGGCUCAAUAUGUUGGUAGACCCAAUCCUAGCAAGCUCAGAAAUGUUCUCAUGUUCAAGUGGACACACACAUUACUUGGUGGUGGCACAUUCUCUAGCGCCGAUUCUGUUUAUGAAGCAGCUAAUAUGAGUGUCAAUGUAGGCCUAUGGUUUAUGAAACAUGCGGCAAUGAUUGCUGCAAAAGAUGACAUAACAAUGAACGAGGCUAAAGAAGUACACAGUAUACUAAGACGAGCUGCUGGAAUAUUUACCUUUGUACAGACUGAAUUUUUGCCGCAGUUGGAUAGUCCACCACCUUUGGGAAGUGAUUUAGAUCCUCGUGUACUAAAUGCAUACGUUAAUCAAUGCACAGCAGAAGCACAAGAAGUGACAGUGGCUAGAGCAGUAGAGCUCAAACAUAAUUCUAGCUUGAUAUCAGCUUUAGCCAAUGAAACCAGUAAAUUGUUUCUGGAUGCUGCCAAUACUCUUCGUCCAUUUAAGCCAGAAAUAAUCGCCCAAUGGACAAAAUAUUUGGAGCUUAAAUCAGCGUUUUAUCAAUCUUACGCUUAUAAUUAUUGCGGUGAAAACUUAUUAGCAAUGGAUAAGUGCGGCGAAGCGAUACGAGCGAUGCAGGAAAGCGAUUCAUGUUUAAAAAAGGCGAAAGCACUCUGUCAAGAAUACGGAAAAACGAACGGGCCUGCGCCUCGCGUUAAACCAGAUCAGCACGCUGUAUUUAGACGAUUGGCGCCUAUAGUGAAGCUUACUCUUGAUAAAUGUAAUCGAGAAAAUGGAUUAAUAUAUCAUCAUACAGUACCAGGUGAAAUUCCAGCUUUGGAUACUAAAGCUACUUAUGGCUUAGUCAGCCCGAUUGAUUUCCAAAUGCCAUCACCAAAUCCUAUCUGGAAUUUGGGUACAUAUAAAGUAUUAGCCGGAGUAGCGGCAGCGAAAGCAGAAAAAGAGCAGAAUUUGCCGCCAGUUAAAGAAGAGGUGAUCCAUCAAAGUAGUAAGGAGCCGAAAAACGCAAGCGGUUGCACGUUACAAUAAGGCUUUCUACGUGUAUUGAUAUAAGCCGUUUGUAAAUGCUUUUUCUUUUUGUGUCACGGUGAUAUUAAUUUUAAUUGCGACAGACAUGUGUGGGCGACGAUCGAAUUAAACAUGUGUGCGCAUCGUAUGCACACAAGUACAAAUCUGGUUGUGUGAAACAUGAAGUAUUAAUUUGUUAGAUAAAAAGAAGAAUACAGGAUCAUUAUCUGUUAUCAUAAAUACUACAAACGUACUUCAUUCAGUAUUAAAUAUCGCGUUAUGCAACGGAUAGAUAAACGACUGCAAAAGAGAUUAAUCUAACAUAUCAGUGUACAUCUAUUUUGUUCUGCACAUGUCUGAAACUUUUUAGCAGGCAUCUUUUACAUUUGUGUCAAUGUGAAGUAACAUAUGUGACGCGAGAUUCAUAUGUAAUUUGCUUUUAUCGUAGAUAAUCGAUACUAUGACUAUCAUUGUAGGUACAAGCAACUCCUUGCCGACAGUAAGGAAUUGUUAAUGUCGCAGACAUUAUUUUAAUCGCUACGUUUGAUCUAGUCAAUGCUUUAGUGAAACUAAAUUUUUUUUAAUUGGUAAUGCGAGGAAGCGUUUUCGCAAAUAAUGUGCAUUACCAGUAUUAUACAUGUAUUAUAACAAAG